UUUCCGCGGUUGUGUAAGGAGGUGGCAGCCGCGGCGACGUCCCUGGCUCGCCGCGGGGGGUCCGGGGCUCGGCGAUGGCCGGCCUGUGCGGGACCCGUGGUUCGCUGUCGGCGCACACGCUGCUGUUCGACCUGCCGCCCGCGCUGCUGGGCGAGCUGUGCGCGAUCCUGGACAGCUGUGACGGUCCGCUGGGCUGGCGGGGCCUCGCGGAGAGGCUUUCAAACACCUGGCUGGAUGUUCGCCAUAUUGAGAAAUACGUAGACCAAGGCAAAAGCGGAACGAGGGAAUUGCUGUGGUCCUGGGCACAGAAAAACAAGACCAUCGGCGACCUUCUACAGAUUCUCCAGGAGAUGGGGCACCAACGAGCUAUCCAUUUAAUCACCAACUAUGGAGCAAGCUCAAAUCCUUCAGUGCAUCGUCAUCAGGAGCUCCGACUUCCCAACCUAACGCCCAACUUCGAGCAUGCGCGCAGAGAAAAUGACCCUGGACCUCUGGAACCAACCAAUGUCACAGCAGAUAAUGUUCUUGUUCCUGAACAUAAUGAAAAAGGAAUACUUCAUAAACCCUCUAUCAGCUUCCAAAAUAUCAUAGAAGGGACCAAACAUUUCCACAAAGACUUCCUAAUUGGAGAAGGGGAAAUAUUUGAAGUAUACAAAGUGGAGAUUCAAAACCAAACAUACGCGGUUAAAUUAUUUAAACAGGAGAAAAAAAUGCAGUUUAAGAAGCAUUGGAAGAGAUUUUUAUCAGAACUGGAAGUUUUACUCCUGUUCCGUCAUCCCCACAUACUGGAGUUGACUGCAUAUUUCACCGAGAUGGAGAAGCUAUGCCUGGUUCAUCCAUAUAUGAACAACGGGACACUUUUUGACAGACUACAGUGUGCAGAUAACACGGCCCCACUUUCCUGGCACGUUCGAAUCGGUGUAUUAAUAGGAAUAGCCAAAGCCAUCCAAUACUUGCACAACACCCAGCCGUGCUCAGUCAUCUGUGGCAAUAUUUCCAGUGCAAACAUACUUCUGGAUGAUCAGUUCCAACCCAGACUAACUGAUUUCGCCAUGGCACACUUCCGACCCCACCUAGACCAUCAGAAUUCUACCAUGAAUAUGACGGGCAGCGGCAGGAAACAUCUGUGGUACAUGCCAGAAGAAUACAUCAGACAGGGAAGACUUUCCGUCAAAACCGAUGUCUACAGCUUUGGAAUUGUGAUCAUGGAGGUUUUGACAGGCUGCAAAGUGGUGCUGGAUGACCCUAAACACGUUCAGCUGCGGGAUCUCCUCAUGGAACUGAUGGAGAAGAGAGGUCUCGAGGCGUGCCUCUCGUUUCUAGACAGGAAGAUACAGCCCUGUCCUCGGAACUUCUCUGCCAAGCUCUUCUCUCUGGCUGGCCAGUGUGCAGCAACUCGGGCCAAGUUAAGACCAACAAUGGAUGAAGUCCUGAAUGCUCUAGAGAGCACGCAGCCUAGCUUGUAUUUUGCAGAAGAUCCUCCCACAUCCCUGAAGUCCUUCAGAUGUCCCUCUCCUCUGUUCAUGGAUAAUGUUCCGAGUAUUCCAGUAGAAGAUGAUGAAAACCAGAACAGUCACCCAGUGCCUCAAGAGAAAGCUUUGAGGACGGACAGAGUGACUCAGAAAAUCCCCUUUGAGUGCAGCCAAUCUGAGGUCACCUUUCUGGGCUUGGACAGACACCCGGGGGGCAAGAGAAGUGAAGCUGCUUGCCAUGUGCCCAGUUCUUCUUGUGAAGAAUAUUGGCCCCCAGAACUUGCGGCAGCAUCCCAGGACUUAAAGCCUACUGAGAUCACUUUGGGCUCCUCUUGGGAGGUGCCAGGCCAGUCUUGUGGGAGCAAGCCAAUGGAGAAGAGGUGCCCCUCUGAACUCUUCCACAGUGAGUGUGAACAGUCCAAAAAGCAGUGAAUUCACCAGAAGAUAAAAAAGAAAGAAAGCAAAUGUCACUGAAGGCACCUGAGUGAAGAAUGUCACCCUGAAAUGAUCUGAGCUCCCCGAGUAAGGCCAAGGGAAUCACUGAUGGCGAAUUUGAGUUGGGCAGAUAAGCAGCCAGGCAGUUCUGUCCCUUCUUUUCCACUCCCCCAAACAGAAUGACUUAAAGAAAUGUGUUAUCAGGGUGAUGUCACACCAGCCGCUCCCAAAUAACCACAUAGAGACUUAAUAUUAAUUAUAAAUGCUUGGUUGAUAGCUCAGGUUUGUUACUAGCUAACUCUUAAUUAACCUAUAUUUCUUAUGUACCCUCUGUCACAUGACUAUACCUUCUUUCAACACAGUACAUUCAUCUUGCUUCUCUCUUUAUCUGCUCAAGACUCCUGACUCGACCCUUUUUCUUCCCAGCAUCGUUUGUCCUGCUUAUACCAACUGCCUAGCUACCGGCCAGUCAGCUCUUUUAUUAAACCAAUCAGAAGGAGCCUUGGCAAAGACACAUCUUCACAGCGUACACAAAGACGUUUCCAUAACAGGGUGACUGCUUCUCAGUCAAACCCAAGCUAAAUUAGAGCCAUUUGGAGUUAUUCAGGAUCCUGGGUUCCGACAAUCAAAUCCUAGCAAAGAGUGGCAGGAUCCCAGUGAGUCCUCCGUGUUGGUAAACCGGGAACUACCCACAUUCCAGAACCAGGUGCACCCCCCACACCGCCUUCAGCAACUCAAUGCCCCCAACCAUGUCAUUACCAGCCCCAAAUGCAACACAUUUCCACUGUCACCUAGGGUCCCAUGUUCUCUCUGUGCACAUGAGCCAUAUCCUUCAUAAAGCCCUAACCUUCAUGACCUACCUCCUUCUUUUCCAUCCUCACUCAGAGGAGGCCUGUUGUAUUAUCCCCACUCCCCUGCCCCUGCCUCCAAUAAAUCUCUUCCAUGA